AUGGCUCUUAAGCACGUGAGCAGCUCUGCUGAAGCCAGCGAGCCUAUUCACAUGCUUAAAAUCUGUGUGAGACUGUCAUACGCUAGCGCCAAGCAUCGAAACUUCGAUCUUGUUACCAUUGGUGGCAUCUCCAUUAUCCUGCACUUUGAGCGGGCUCCCUUCAUCACCCAGGAGCACACGCUGUGGCUACCAUGGGAUCGCUUCUUCGUGAUGGAAACCAUAGUCAUGAGGCACGAAGAGAAUGAGAUCCCAAGCUGUGACCUCAGUAACUUCGCCCGGCCCAACCCUGUGGUUUCCCCAUCUCCUCUGACAGCUUUUGCAAGUUCCUGCUCGGAGAAAGGUCCCAUCGUUCCUGAAAUCCAGGCUCUACAGGAGGAGAUUAACAUUUCCGGUAGUAAAAUAAAAGUGAGUUACCUGAGCAGUCGCACAGCUGGCUACAAAUCCGUCCUGAGGAUCAGCAUGACCCACCCCACCAUCCCCUUCAACCUCAUGAAAGUCCACCUCAUGGUGGCCGUCGAGGGACGCCUCUUCAGAAAGUGGUUUGCAGCUGCUCCAGACCUGUCCUAUUAUUUCAUCUGGGAUAAGACAGAUGUCUACAGCCAGAAGGUGUACGGGCUCUCAGAAGCCUUCGUUUCAGUAGGUUAUGAGUAUGAAUCCUGUCCUGACUUGAUCCUGUGGGAGAAGAGGACAGCUGUGCUUCAGGGUUAUGAAAUCGAUGCUUCCAAACUUGGAGGGUGGUCCCUGGACAAACAUCAUGCCCUCAACAUACAAAGUGGCAUCUUGCAUAAAGGAAAUGGGGAAAACCAGUUUAUUUCUCAGCAGCCACCUGUAAUCGGAAGCAUUAUGGGCAACGGCCGCAGACGUAGCAUUUCUUGUCCAAGCUGCAAUGGUCUUGCAGAUGGGAACAAACUCCUGGCUCCUGUUGCCCUAACAUGUGGGUCUGAUGGAAGUCUUUAUGUUGGAGAUUUCAACUACAUCCGAAGGAUCUUUCCCUCUGGCAAUGUCACCAACAUACUGGAGCUGAGAAAUAAAGAUUUCAGACAUAGCCACAGCCCCGCUCAUAAGUAUUACUUGACCACAGAUCCAAUCACCGGCUCCAUCUACCUCUCCGACACCAACAGCCGACGUAUCUAUAAAAUCAAGUCAACCACGUCAGUGAAAGACAUUGUGAAGAAUUCAGAGGUCUUGGCUGGAACCGGGGAUCAGUGCCUCCCGUUUGACGAUACCCGCUGCGGAGAUGGAGGCAAAGGCACUGAUGCUACCCUUACAAAUCCCAGGGGCAUCACUGUGGACAAGUUUGGGCUGAUUUACUUUGUGGAUGGUACUAUGAUCAGGCGGAUUGAUCAGAAUGGGAUCAUCUCAACUGUGUUGGGUUCCAAUGAUUUGACAUCUGCUCGGCCUCUCAGCUGUGACUCUGUCAUGGACAUUUCUCAGGUUCGUCUAGAAUGGCCCACGGAUCUGGCAGUCAAUCCGAUGGAUAAUUCGCUGUAUGUGCUCGACAAUAACGUUGUGUUACAGAUAUCUGAGAACCACCAAGUGCGCAUCGUGGCGGGGAGGCCCAUGCAUUGCCAGGUGCCGGGCAUGGAUCACUUUCUCCUUAGCAAGGUGGCAAUCCACGCCACCCUGGAGUCUGCUACUGCCCUGGCUGUCUCACAUAACGGCAUCCUAUAUAUUGCUGAGACUGAUGAGAAAAAGAUCAAUCGCAUCAGGCAGGUCACCACUAAUGGAGAGAUUUCUCUUGUUGCUGGAGCGCCAAGCAGCUGUGACUGCAAGAACGAUGCUAACUGUGACUGCUUCUCAGGGGACGAUGGCUAUGCCAAGGAUGCCAAACUCAAUGCGCCAUCCUCCCUUGCGGUGUGUGCCGAUGGGGAGCUGUAUGUUGCUGAUCUUGGAAAUAUUCGAAUCCGUUUUAUUCGGAAAAACAAACCAUUCCUCAACACGCAAAAUCUGUAUGAGUUAUCCUCACCCAUAGACCAGGAACUCUACUUGUUUGACACCAGUGGUAAGCACCUUUAUACUCAGAGCCUUACCACUGGAGAUUAUCUUUACAAUUUUACUUAUUCCGGGGAUGGAGAUAUAACCCUGAUCACUGACAAUAAUGGCAACUUAGUGAAUAUCCGAAGAGAUUCCACGGGGAUGCCCCUCUGGCUCGUAGUGCCUGAUGGCCAAGUCUACUGGGUGACAAUUGGUACCAACAGCGCACUCAAGAGUGUAACAACACAGGGGCAUGAAGUGGCCAUGAUGACGUACCACGGCAACUCUGGUCUCCUUGCCACUAAAAGCAAUGAAAAUGGUUGGACAACGUUUUAUGAGUAUGACAGCUUUGGGCGCCUGACCAACGUGACCUUCCCUACUGGCCAAGUGAGCAGCUUCCGCAGUGAUACGGACAGCUCCGUGCACGUCCAGGUGGAAACAUCCAGCAAGGAUGAUGUUACGAUAACAACCAAUUUGUCGGCAUCAGGAGCCUUCUACACCCUGCUCCAAGACCAAGUCCGAAACAGCUACUACAUCGGCGCUGAUGGCUCUCUCAGACUGAUGCUCGCUAACGGCAUGGAGGUGGCCUUGCAAACCGAGCCUCAUCUGCUGGCUGGCACCGUCAACCCCACAGUGGGGAAGAGGAAUGUCACCCUGCCCAUCGACAAUGGCCUCAAUCUCGUGGAGUGGAGACAGAGGAAGGAGCAAGCGAGAGGGCAGGUCACCGUCUUUGGACGUCGGCUGAGGGUUCACAACAGAAACCUGCUGUCCCUUGACUUUGAUCGUGUGACAAGAACAGAGAAAAUCUAUGAUGACCACCGCAAGUUCACACUCCGCAUCCUCUACGACCAGGCAGGGAGGCCCAGUCUCUGGUCACCCAGCAGCAGACUGAAUGGGGUCAAUGUCACCUAUUCCCCAGGAGGACACAUUGCAGGGAUUCAGAGGGGCACGAUGUCAGAAAGGAUGGAGUAUGAUCAGUCUGGCAGAAUUACAUCCAGGAUCUUUGCUGAUGGCAAAUCAUGGAGCUACACUUACUUGGAAAAGUCCAUGGUGCUGCUCCUUCAUAGCCAGAGACAGUACAUCUUUGAGUUUGAUAAGAACGACCGGUUGUCAUCGGUGACCAUGCCCAAUGUUGCCCGUCAGACUUUAGAAACCAUUCGUUCCAUUGGUUACUACAGGAACAUCUACCGGCCACCAGAAGGCAAUGCCUCGGUAAUUCAGGAUUUCACAGAGGAUGAGCAGCUUCUCCACACUUUGUACUUGGGCACAGGGAGACGUGUCAUCUACAAGUAUGGGAAGUUGUCCAAGUUAGCCGAGAUGCUCUACGACACCACAAAGAUCAGCUUCACUUACGAUGAAAUCGCUGGCAUGCUGAAGACCAUAAACUUGCAGAAUGAAGGGUUCACAUGUACAAUCAGAUACAGACAGAUAGGACCCCUCAUCGAUCGACAGAUUUUCCGCUUCACUGAGGAAGGCAUGGUGAAUGCACGCUUUGACUAUAAUUAUGACAACAGUUUUCGGGUGACCAGCAUGCAAGCAGUCAUCAACGAGACACCUUUACCCAUUGAUCUCUACAGGUACGAUGAUGUCUCAGGCAAAACUGAGCAAUUUGGAAAAUUUGGAGUCAUUUACUACGAUAUCAACCAGAUCAUCACCACUGCUGUCAUGACUCACACUAAACAUUUUGAUGCCUAUGGCAGGAUGAAGGAGGUCCAGUAUGAGAUAUUCCGGUCGCUGAUGUACUGGAUGACUGUGCAGUAUGACAACAUGGGGAGAGUGGUUAAGAAAGAGCUGAAGGUUGGACCUUAUGCAAACACAACUAGGUACUCAUAUGAGUAUGAUGCUGAUGGCCAGUUGCAGACAGUGUCUAUCAACGACAAACCACUCUGGCGCUACAGCUACGACCUAAACGGAAACCUCCAUUUGUUGAGUCCAGGGAAUAGUGCCCGUCUUACACCGCUCAGGUAUGACCUCAGGGACAGGAUUACUAGACUGGGGGAUGUGCAGUACAAAAUGGAUGAAGAUGGCUUCCUGAAGCAAAGAGGCAAUGAUAUUUUUGAGUACAAUUCAGCUGGCCUGCUCAUCAAAGCCUACAAUAAAGCUAGUGGGUGGAGUGUGAAAUACCGCUAUGAUGGCCUAGGAAGGAGAGUCUCUAGCAAAACCAGCCAUGGCCAUCACUUGCAGUUCUUCUACGCAGACCUGACCAACCCAACCAAGGUCACGCAUUUAUACAACCACUCGAGCUCUGAGAUCACCUCCCUCUACUAUGACCUCCAAGGCCACCUCUUUGCAAUGGAGCUUAGCAGCGGUGAUGAAUUCUACAUAGCCUGCGAUAACAUUGGCACUCCUUUGGCUGUCUUCAGUGGGACAGGCCUAAUGAUUAAGCAGAUACUGUACACAGCAUAUGGGGAGAUCUAUAUGGACACCAAUCCCAACUUCCAGAUCAUCAUUGGUUACCACGGAGGACUGUAUGACCCCCUCACAAAGCUUAUUCACAUGGGACGAAGAGACUAUGAUGUGCUAGCGGGUCGGUGGACGAGUCCAGACCAUGAUAUGUGGAAGCAGCUGAGUAGCAAUAACAUAAUGCCUUUCAACCUGUAUAUGUUCAAAAACAACAAUCCCAUUAGCAACUCUCAGGAUAUCAAAUGUUACAUGACAGAUGUCAACAGUUGGCUGCUCACUUUUGGCUUCCAGCUGCACAACGUCAUCCCCGGCUACCCCAAGCCAGACAUGGAUGCAAUGGAGCCGUCCUAUGAGCUAAUCCACACACAGAUGAAAACCCAAGAAUGGGACAAUAGCAAG